AUGCAGUUCUCUCUCGCCUUCCUCGCCGCCGUCCUCUCGGCCACCAGCGUCAGCGCUGCCCCCGCCGACACCGUCAGCAUGAUGGCCGCCUCACCUCAGUGGACCAUCGAGAACAUGCAGCGCUCAUGCGCCAAGGACAAUUCGGCCUGCACCUGGAACUUCAAGAUCAACACCCACAAGGCCGCCGCCACCGGCUGCAAGUACGUCGUCAAGGGCAGCAACGCCUCUCAGCGCAACGGCGGACCCGUCAAGUGCGGUGACUACACCAUCACCUCUGGCUGGAGCGGCCAGUUCGGCCCCGGAAACGGCUUCACUACUUUCUCUGUUGUUUCGUCCAAGCGACAGAUCGUCUGGCCCGCUUACACCGACAAGCAGGUCUCCAGCGGAAAGGUUGUUAAGCCUAACCAGUCUUACACCCCUGCCAACCUUCCCAAGUAA